UACAAACAAGAGUGGCUGGCUCAAGAAUCUGGCCUUGCAGAGGGUGAAACAUCAGUCUUGCAGAUAUAGGCAGGGUUCCAUAGCUGUUUUACAACACUGGAUACUUCCAUUUCCAAUGACCAUGCUUGAUUUUGUUCAUUGAGUGUGCAAGUGUGAGCAUAUUGUCUAAAAGAAGAGAUCUUCAAUCUUUUCUUCUAUAUCUCUUAUACUCCACACACAUUCUUCUGGGAAAAUUUAAAGCUGCAACUGGCAAAAUUAUUCAAAAUCAGGGAGAUACUGGUUUUCAAGGGUUAUGCUUGUAAACCACAGAAAACUACUGGAAUCACCAAAAUGUUCUUAAUCAAAUUUGGAUAAUGAAAUAGAUGAGAAUUCAGAGAUUUUAUUGAAAACUAUUAAGGGAGGAUUCAAAACAUCUCUUUGGGUUCUGGGAAUUUGGUGUCCUAGAGCUGCCCAAUCAUAUCCCAGGGCUUAACAUUAUGCAAAAUGUUACUAAGCAACAUUCACAUUCUUUUCUCUCUGAAGUGUGAAGAGUAGGAAAAUGAAUGAAUAUAUACAGAUUACAGCAUCAAAAAUAACUAUGCUGUAGGUUGGAGCUGUCAUGUCCUUUUUUCGGAAUCUCUGUAUUUUUGAAGUGAUUUCAUAUGGUUUACAACAAGAUUCUACAUAACCCUGUGUCUAUGUAAAUUAUGAUUCAGGUUUUUCAGUUUCCACAAAUCCCCUGCUUAGAUUUGGCCUAUCUGAAAUUUCUGACUUGGCCACAUAUAUUAAUGUAGUGCAUCUUAAGGAAGACAGCUAUUAGGUAAAAUAUUAGAAUAUAUUAAAAAUAAGUACAGACAAUAGCAAAUUUUGAAUGGAAAUAACCUUAAUUCUUUAAAAAUCAGAGUCUGCAUUCAGAAUAGUUGUUAGAAGUGAAAAAAAUCUGUAGAAUCAGAGAAACCUGAGUGUAAUUCUGUUCCUACCACCAACUACCUAUAACACUACCCUUUCCCCUAAAUGACUCCCCUCCCCUCUAAACUUCUGUUAUCUCUAAAUUGGAAUGACUAUCCCUACAAAGCACUGUGCCUUGUAAAUACUAAAUGGAGGCUUUGCAUGGCAUGGCAAGUGACUAGUAAAAAUCCUGGUAGAUGUUCUAUAUCAGCAUGACUAUAGUAUGAGGCUAAUUUUUAAAAUUCAUGAUUGAGAAUGAUUUUAAAUCUGGUCAAAUAAAUUAUAUUUCCUUGACACACCCACAACCAGGUAAUUUUAAAAUAUAUAUAGAAAGAGAUCACAUUCUAUUUAUAUAAAUUAAGUUGCUUCACUCUUUGUAUUAUUAUGGUCAUAAAAGACAACUAAUUUGAUAACUUUUUAAAAAUGUGUGAAUCAAUUUUUAGAAACUAUUUUGUUGACCGUGUAUUUUGAAAUUAUGGCAUACCGAGGUACAAUUAGCAAUUCUUUUGGAAGUGUAUAAUAAGUCUUUGAAAAGUAUUUAAUAUAAAAAGUUCACACUUAAUUUUAACCAUUUUUUAAUCUAAUGAUUAUUAUGUCAUAUUUUAGCCAAUGUCACCAGGAAUCUUAUAUUCUCAAUCAUAUGAUGUGUAUGUUCAGUAAUAAGAAAUUAUGUUUUCAUUUAAUGAAUACUUUUGGGAGACCUUUUAUGUAGCAGAAAUUAUGGUGACUCUUAGACAUGUAGCCUUUAUCUAAAAGCACAUCCCAACUCCUGUCCAUCCAGUCUCCUGUGUAUCUCCUCUAUUUUCUUCACAACUAUCGUGGUUUGGACUGAUGUUUUUAUUGUCCUUGGUUUUUCAGUAAAAAUUUAACUUUUUAUUUUCCUGGUUUUGCCCCUAUUAUUCUCCAUACUGUUACUAGAAUGACUUAGAGUCUUCUAAAAUUAUCCCCUCCUAUUUGCCUUUAGAACUUAUCUCCUUUCACACCACAAAGCCCAUUGUAUUCAGCCUUUUUCUCAUCUUUUGUUCAUUGUUCCUCACUCUAAUCUCUAGUCAAACUUGUUUGUGUUGAGUCCUAUGUCAUUUGCUGUAUUCAUGUACCUCCCUCCACAAUGCAUGCUCUUUUUUCAUCCCCAUCCUUCUGUAAUCACCUAAUCGCUUACAUUCUUUAUUGCUUAGAUCAUAAUUAAUACUUUGCUUAUUCCAGAGAAACGUUCCUGAAUUUUUUUCAUACCCAAAUCUAACCAGUCUAGUUGAGGUGCUCUACUUCUGUAUUCUUUUUAAAAUUAUUCAUGUUAUUAUUUAUUUAUGUAUUUGAGAAGGAGAGAGAUAAAGAGAGAAAGAAAUUGAUUUUCCAUCUACUAGUUUACUCCCUAAAUAUAACAGCUAGGGCUAGCCAGGCCAAAACCAGGGGCCACAAACUCCAGUCACGUCUCCUGCAUGGGUGUCAGGGACUCAACUACAUAAGCCAUCAAUCACUUGCUUCCUUCCCGGGUAUAUGUUAGCAGGAAUCUGGAAUGGAGAGUGGAGCCAGGAGUUGAACACAGGCACUGCAGCAUGGGGAGAUUUAACCACUAUGCCAAACAUGUGCUUCCAUUUUUGUGUUCCUUAAGCAUCCUUUUUUGUUACUUCAGUUAUCAUUAAAUUAUUGCUCCAAGAUAUAUUUUCUUGGUACUUCUAUGUCUUUAUACUACAUUGCAAAGCAUGAGGACAGGGGUUUAGUAAGUCUAUAUCAUUUACUUUUUUCUUUAAUUUCUAGCACUGAAUUUGCAAUGUCUUGGGCUUAUGUUGGUUAUCAGUUGCCACAAUAAUAUUGCUCUACAAUUAGUCAAAUCAUUAUUUACUUUACAAGUCAACUGUCUUCCUAGAAACUUAGGAACCCAGAGCCCAUACAUUUCAAGUAGACUUACCUGCUUUUAUAACAGGUGACAAUAUUUUGGCCAAUACAAUUUCUGCUAAAUCUCUGUGACCUUUAAAUGUUUUGAGCCAAGUUUGUUUAUAUCCUAAAGCCGCUCCUGUUACCUGUUAUUUCACUUUAUUACCUAUUUGACUUUUUUUCUGUUACCUAUUCUGUUACCUAUUAUUUGACUUUAUUUUGACUUAAGCUUUGCUACUUUUGGCUAGAAGUAUUUAGUUAAGAAUAGAAAGUCUACAACACAUUGCCUUAUUUUUUUGGAGUUUUUUUUAAGAUAUCCUCUCACAGUGGGCAUUUUGACCAAGGGAUUAAGUGCAGCUUGGAAUGCCUGCAUUCUAUAUCGGAGUGCCUGGAAUCACAUUGAACCUCUGCUUCUGAUCCAGCUUCCUGUGAAUGCACUUGGAUGGCAGCAGACAAUGGCCUAAAUACCCAACUCCCUACUACUCAGGAGACCAGGAUGUUGUUCUUGGGUUCUGGUCUUGGUCUGGCACACUCUCCAGCUCUUGUAUAUUUGGAGAGUAAAACAGUGGAUCAAAGAAUUCUCUCCCUUCCUCUCUCUGUUUUGUCACUGCCUUUCAAAUAAAUAAAUCUGUUUUUUUUUUUAAGAAAAUAUUUCAAGGUAACAUCAUUAGUAGUGGCUGAGGCCAUGUUCAGACACUUUUAAGAAAUUGCACUGAUUUAAGACAUUGAGGUUUAGAAAUACUUAUUACUCAAUCAUAAAAGUUUUAGCACUCUACAUCACUUGGAAAUCUGUUUGUUAACUCUUCAGAUUUUUUUCCUUCUCCUCCUUUCCUUCUUGCCUCUCCUCCUUGUCUUCUCACUUUCCUUUUGCCUUUUAUCAUUGUUUUUGUUAUUAAUAAUAUUUCUUUAUUUUACUGUUUUAUCAUAUGUACCUGAAACUAACCAGCUGCUACUUUAGCCAUUUUAUCAUUUGUUUGAAUAUCUCUUUGGCUUAAGCCUAAAACUUAAUGGUGAUAUUCUAUUAUAGUAACACUCUAUUAGUAAUAUUCUAUCAUAAAGCACACUUAAAAUGUUAUUUUCACUUACAUUCACAGAUUCACAUUUUCUCAGCUCUCCCCAUUGUUUCCAUUGUCAGCUGCUUUUUGUUCACCAAAUCAACACAAUGCAUAUUUAGUUUUUCUGUAUGCCACCAUUUCACUGAAUUUACUGAAUCCUGUAUGGUUACCCAUUGACUAAAAGAAUGCUUCAUUCAUUGACGGAAAUCUUAUGACAGAGGUUUUAAGGUUUUGGUAGAAAAAUUUCUUUUGUUCUCUAGAGGGGUAAAAAGAUUUCUUCAAAUUAUGGAGCCCUGUACAGUAUUCCCAGAAGUCAAUUCAUUCAGAAAUUUGGUGAAGUUAGGAAUGAAAACAUGUGGAUUUCUCCAUGUGGAGCAAAAACUUUUAUUAUUUAAUACCUAGAAGCCAAAGGGCCUCCCUUCCUUCCUCCCUCCCUCCCUUCCUCCCUUCCUUCCUUCCUUCCUUCCAUCUCUUCUGCCUCCUUUUCUCCCUCCUGUUCCACUGCCUCUUUUCUUUCUUUUCCUUUCUCUCCCCUCCCCCCUCAUUUUCUGUCUUUUUGUCUUUUCUUUCCUGUGUAAAUUUAUCCACCUUAGGAGAACUCAAAGUACACUCUAAACAUCAGCUCCCUAAUCUUCACAGCAACAUGUAAGGAAAGUAGGAAGCAAUUAUCAUUAUGCACUUUCAGCAGAUGUGGAAACUGGGCCACAGAGAGUUUAAGUGACGUAUGAGUUAUGACAGACAUAACCUAGGAACUCACAAUAUCACAAUAGAAGUAGUAACCAAAAAUAUUGUAACAUAACCAUCUUUACUCAGAACUAAGGGCAUUAGUCAUUUUGGCUCACCCACAUGGAUCCAAAUACUUGAUCAUAUUGACUUUCUGAAACAUUUGCCACAAACAAUUGGGUAGAUACAGCUAUGACAUAUUCUUUAUAACCUGCCACUUGUUCUGAUCUUACUAGCUCAAUGGAUCUUCUCAAAUUAAAUUAUGCUUGGGUAAUAGUAUAGAUCUUGAAGCCUAAUUGCUUGCAUGGUUUGCUUGUGGUGACUUUUUGUUUUGAGAACUAAAGUGAUUUGGCUUGCUAAACGCUUGAAGAACAUCAGUCAUUUUUCAACUCAGGGCUAGAAUGUAAACAGCUGAUGGUUUACUAUACAUACUUAACAAAUAGAUUGAAAAACAUAUAACAUUCAUUAGGCACUGCACAUAUGUUUUAAUAUCUGCAGAAGUAAUUUUAGUUUACUGUUUUUAUUUCAUGCAGUGGUGGUAGUGCAUUUGUGAAAAACUAACUUAAAAUGAUUUUGAAAGCUGAGGAAGAUCAUCUGAGUUAUUUUGGUGGGCAGUCAUUUGUUGCAGUGAUUACGGAGGCUUCUAGUUCUGGCCUGAUCAGCUCCCAUCCUGAGCACCUGCCUCCUGAGUGCUGGCUCAAGUAAUUUGGGCCCCUGCCACUCCUGGGAGACCUUAAGAGUUCCCAAAUGUUUGUAUAGUAGACCAGGGGAAGAAAGCUCUCUCCCAAAUAAUGUAAAAAUUUUAAAAAUAUUACUUUUGAAUUCUCAACCUGACUGCAUAUUUGAGUAUUAGAAUUCUUUGGGAAGCUUUUAGAGAAUACUGAGGCCCAGGAUCCUCAGCAGGCCAGUUAAUUCAGAAUAUUGAGGUGGGAGUCCAAACCUUCUUUUUUUUUCAACAAAAUUUUUAAUUAUAUGGAUAGCAUCUUCAGUGUUCACAUAUUUACUAUUGUAGAAUUCUAAUCACUGUGCAUUACUAAGAAAUCAUUAAAAUAUGAUAAUCAGAAAUUCAUUAUUAUUUUUAAUUUUAUAAAAGGAAUAGAUUUCAAGUAUUUCAUAUAUAUACAGUUUUAAGAACGUAAGAUUUCCCUCUCUUCUUUCCUUGGUCCCACCCUCCUUUCUCCUUCUUUUAUUUUUAUUUUAAUUUUUCAGAUGACAUACUUUCAAAUUACUUUGUAAUCAUAAGGUUAAACCUCCACCAAAUAAAAUUUGCAACAAGUAGUAAGUAUAAACUCUUUAUAGUAUUUCAGUAUUUAUUAAACACUUGCUCAUAGAAGAGUUUCCCUACUUGGGUGAUAUUAGCUUGCCAUACUGGUUUAUUUCUUUUUUCUUUUUUUUUUUUUAUUUGACAGGUAGAGUUAUAGACAGAGAGAGAGACAGAGAGAAAGGUCUUCCUUCCAUUGGUUCACCCCCCAAAUGGCCGCUACGGCUGGUGCAUUGCGCUAAUCGGCAGCCAGGAGCCAGGUGCCUCCUCCUGGUCUCCCAUGUGGGUGCAGGGCCCAAGCACUGUCCUGGAAGAGGAGCAACCGGGACUAGAACCCAGUGCCCAUAUGGGAUGCCUGCGCCGCAGGCGGAGGAUUAACCAAGUGAGCCGUGACGCUGGCCCUGCCAUACGGAUUUGUUUCAAGUCACUGUUAUUUAUUUAGCAUCAGUUUAACUUUAGUAUUGGGAUACCUUUUGUCUUCAAUAAUUUAGGGGACAAAAUGUUAUAUUUCAGUUUUAUGUCACAUGAGUGACAUUGUCUCUGCUAAUAGGACAACAAUUUAAAAUGAAAUAUUAGGUAGAUGAUCAUUAAAGAUUUGUGAAUACACUAUAUGAUUUUAAUAGGUUAUAUUAUCCUCAGUUCCAGAUCAUUACCUGGCAAAGUUAGGAAUAUUAUUAUUUUUUACAAUUCAUUAUUGUAACCAUUUGAGGUUACAACUUACUUAUCCAGUAAAUUUUAAACAUCCUUAAGAUACUUAUAAGAGAAAUUUAAUAGAGAUUUAAUAUAUAACUUGAUAAUUAUAGUUACAAGUAUUGUAUUGUACACUCAAUUUUUCUUCAAAGAAUACAGCUUACUAUGUCCUCACCCUACAUAUAAGCAGCAAUCACUAUGCCAGGUGAUGGGUGUGUUUUUUAGUUUGAUUGUGGGAAUCAUUACACAAAGCUUACAUAUCAAAGUACAUCAUGCUGUAUAACUGAAAUAUAUACAUUUUUAAUCAAUCAUACCUCAAUACAAUUAGAAGGAUAAGUAAACAAAUAAAUGAGACAUCCAUCUAUUUAAGCCAGGAGUUCUCAACCUAACUGCACAUUUGAACAUUAGAAUUACUUGGGAAGCUUUUAGAGAAUACUGAGGGCCACGAUCCUCAACAGGCCAGUUAAUUCACAGUAUUGAGGUGUGAGUCCAAGCCUUUAAUUUUUCAGAAAUCUAUGAUGAUAACAUUAUGCAGACAGAGCUAAUUUAAUUUUAAAUUUAAGCAUUAUAUUCACUUAUUGCUAGCUAUACAUAACUAUACCUACUUCUGCUUCUUUCAUAUUAGGUGUGUGAUUUUUUUUGUUUGUUUUUAGAAACCCACAAAUGAUCAGAAUGAGUGUGAAAUACUUAUAAUUCUUCUGGCCACACUUCUACUUCUCACAGUUAUUUACUAAAAUUGUGUUUACACUUUUUGACAUACUUCCUAAAAAUAAAUAAUUUGAUACAUCAUUUCAGACAGUAUUCCUAAAGGCCUCCAAUAGACAAGACAAAAAUAAACAAAACAGAAUUGCCACAUACCAGGAUGAAAAAGAGUUUUCUGUUUCUCAAGGGGUGAAUUCUGACUUUUAUUUUUGUUCUUGAGUAAAAGUUAAGAAAACUUAUGUUCUGAGGGACAUGGGGAAUGACACCUUUUCUUUGUAAACCUUUGUUGUCAGGUCUAAUAACCUAGGAAGGGAAAAUUAGAAAAAUGAUCCAUAGGAGGCAUAUUGGAAUCUUAGAAAAUAUGAUUUUUGUGUUUACCUAAAGGAGUGUAGAGUAAGAACUGACCUUUAAUUGGCAUUAAGAAGGGUAGUUGACAUUAUAGAGAUGCCAUUAAUUGGCUAUACUUUAAGUCUGCAGUAAAUAGGAUUUUAAACAAGAUCUUUGAGUUUUGGGCUUACAUACUUUUCUUAGCAGAGCUUAUUGUAUACUUUGUAAUGCUUGAUGAACUACUACUGCUUUCCCUGCCAUGGGAAAAUAGCCCCAAUUUUAUGUGAUGAGGGUAAAUCAUUAUACAAUUCUAAUUUACAUCUUUCUUUAUGUUUCUUGAGAAUUCCUCCAUAUCCCUUUGCAAGUCUAAACUGAACCAAAAACAUGCCCCAAACAUGACAUUCUGUUCUUGGGUAAUUAAAACUGUGAUAUGCUUCAACUUCUAGCCAAAAGCUGUUCGUAUCAAUCUGCUUGCAAGUUACUAGCUUUAAAAGUAACUAUAAUUAUUUAAAAUGUUUAUACAUUUAAUUUUUAGCUUUUUGUUUGUUUUACCUAUUGAAAUUUGUGGAUAAUUUGCUGCUUCAUUCUUUUACAUAAGUGAAACAAAAUUCACAAAUGCUUCAUGUAGUUGAAUAUUAUGUGUCUGAGCAGUCAGCGUGAAUUAGUGAUUAAUAUCAUUACUCAAAUUUUCAUCUGUUGAUUUUGAUGUGUUCUUCAUUUUCCAUCAGACAUCUUUUCUAGAAAUCUCAAAGAAACAUUUCAAUGAAGGUCUUAAUAGCCACAUAUUUUCUCUAACUCCCCUAGAUUAUCUUUCUUUUAUUGAUGGUGUUGAAAUACUAUUUGUGGGUAAUGUAUGCUUGUGAACAUUAAGUGGUAAUAUUUUGUUUAAUGAAAUAAUAUUGGUAUUUCAAAAGUGUUGUUAUAUUUUUAUUUGUACCUAGUAUGUCUUUGAUAUAAGUAAGUCAUGUUUGAAAUAAACGGUUAAACCAAUUCUUUUCUGCAUUUGUUUUAUUUGCAUAAUAAGCGAGUUAUUUUUACCCAAGGAGAUUGUCUCCCUCCCCCUUUCCUCAUCUAACACACAAUUUAUUGUAUGUGAGGCCUGAUCCUAUGUUUAUUACAGGGAUUUGCAUAAGGCCUACAGGAAACCAACACCAUUUUACUAUGUUCCCAUUGCAGAAAAUAAAAUAGUGCCUUUGAGUAAAGCUGCUUCAUCAGACACUAGUUCAGCAUGCCAAGUUACAGCCAUCAAUGGUGAAGCAGCAGAUGUGAAGGCUAGUUGGCAUCAAAGCAUAUGAGUCAAAGACUUUCCUAUGGGAAAGAAAGUGCUUCAUUACACUUUAUCUAUAGUGAGAACAUUGGUUCUAUCAAGCUGUCUGAAAAUUAGAAUAUGAUGGGUUUUAUUACUCAAGCUCUGCCAGAGUGAAUUCAAUAGUUAAAAAGAAAGUGAUAACACCAUUUUGGGAAUUAUAAGAAGUGAUUAGAGUUUUAGUGUAUUUAAACUUGGAAGGAGCAGCAACUUUUAUCUCAGAAAGUGCCUUCUCUAAAACAUCUGAGGGACAGAAGUUUAAUCCCUUUCUAAUUGUUACAUUUGCAAUAUGUACUAAUGCAGCUUUGGGGCACUUUAAUUGAAGAAAGAAGUUAUAUGUUUGACUGAAGUCUAAAAUCUGAGAAACACUGUUUUAAUUGCCUUGGAAAGCGAGUGCACAAGACUGCUGUCAUUCCAGGAUGCACCGCGGUUCUCUUCCUCCCUUGUUCUCCUUUCUCCUCUCUGUGCAAGGACUGAUCCUGCUGUUUUUCAGGACCGGGUAGCAGCUUCAAUACUGUUGCACCUCAUCAAUCUUAGGAGAGUGGGCCCCACAGGGAGUGGGAAAACUCCAAAGUCAGUUAAUAUAGUGAUGUUGAGCUGGCAUGUCAAGUGCUGGAUAAUGGAUAAUAGUUGUCACUGUUAGAGUUUAUAGCUACUGGUUAGGCAACAUUUUAAAGGAAAUUCAAAACAGGCACAUUUUUUGAACAUAAAAGAUAUGCCAAGAUAAAUAUCCAAAAAGACCUUGACAAAUUGCAAUCUUUUAUAUCUUAGACAUAAAGAACUAAAAUGAAAAUAUCAUUUCUUCUAUCUACAUUGUAGAGUACAGAGUUUUUGGUAUAUUUGAAAACAGGCAAAGAAACUAGACUCUGAUAUGUUAAUGCUUUGAGGAAAUUAUAUCUAUUGACAUUAUAGCUAUGAAAGAUAAAGAUCCAUUAGUCAUGCUGACUGAUUUUUUUUUCUUGGAGGGGAAGAGUAUCUUAACUUUAAAGCAUCAGUAAAGACACAUUGUCCUUAUUUCUUUAGAGAAUUCAUUAAUUACAAGGUGAAUACCCUGACACAUAUAUUGAUAAUAUCUUUGGCAGUAUAAUGUUCUUGAUUUUUCAUGCAUUCUAUUUUCUUUUGAUUCUUUUAUUGCAAAUGAAUUUUAAACCAGCUUGCAUCUUUGGUCACCUCCAUUUCCUUUUGCUCAUUUUUUUUUCCCGUCUUUUUCCUAAAGCCAAAAUAACAGUAAUAUAAUGCUAUACUUUGUUAUUAGGAUCUGAAGAUACCACAUAGUAGCUGAUUUUUUUCUUAAUAUAUUGUAAAGCAAAGGGAAUUUUACUGUUUUUUGUUGUUACUAUUUUCCAUGCUUCAGUGUUUAUAUUUUCAAGUAAAAACAAAACAGCACUGUUUUUCCUCUCGGGGGCAAGCAAGAUGUAAAGUCUUGCAUCCAUCUGAUGCUCAAUGUUCUUACCAUUUCUUUAUGAACAGUGCAUAAGAAUAAACUUUAAAAUCGUCUCGUAUUUUGAAAUUCCUUCCCCUCUACCCAGACAAAUAGGGAAAAGGACAAAACAAAGUUUAAAGCUUAUAAAGAGCUGUAGAAAACUAUAAACUGAAUAGAAUACAUUCCUCAAAAUAUUGCCUUAAAAAUAAAACUAGGUUAAACCUUUAUGGCAAAUGUUUCACCCAUAUUGAGAUCAGAUCCUGAACUAACUGACUCUCUAUGUUUAUUCAAUAGUACUGGUGGCUAUUAUAGUGCCUAGAGUUGCUUAGUUGUCUGAUACAUGAUGGGAAGCACUUUCAUUGACCCUCUGUAUUCACAAAAAUUCUGUAAUAAUUUUGUACAUAAAGAAGGUUUCAGAUGACUGAAUAUAACUGUGUGUAUGUACAUGAGUGUUCUCAGUAAGAACAAGGCAUGCUAUGGUGAUUGGAGUUAAAUUAUUGAUAACUUUAUAAUUCAUUUUUCUUAUAACCAGUUCCAUAUUAAAUCUAUUUCAGAGGCAGAGUUGCUCAGGGUUGGUUGGCAGUAGAUUAUACUUUAACAUUUCCUGACAGCAUUUGAAUAAUGUUCCUGAUUGUUAUUAGCCUAUUGUGUACAUCAUACCACUAGUGGAGUUCAGUGAAAAGAUUUGAUUAUCUCUAAAAGUAGGUGUUUCAUUUAUUAAAUAUUGUAGUUACAGCUAAUUAGAAGCUACACAAUAAAUUAGUUGGCUUUGUGUUUCCCUUGACUGUUUUCAGAACACUAUGAGCUUUUCCUUCAUUUUAAUUUAUUAUAAAAACAAUUAAAGACCAAAGGCUUGGAAAGCAGGAUUAAUAAUAGAUAUAACUGAUUGUUGAGUCAAUAUAAUAGUUUAACAUAGUGAUUAAAUGCAUAGUCUAGGUUGUGGCAUGAAGUCCUAAAGCUGUCACUCACUUGGGAUUUAUUUAAUUUCUCCAGGCUUCUGUUCUCUUGUAUGUAAGCUGGAAGGUAUAAAUAAUGUAUCUUACAGAUAGUUCAUAUUAGUACUAAACAUGAAAUAAACUUCUUUAUUUAUAAAUGUGUACUUGUUGCUAUUUUUGUUAUAAGGAGCUAGUACUUGAAUUGUUAAAUUUCUACAGCAGAUGAAAUUGUUUAUCCAAAUAUAAAUAUUUUUAAAAUUUAUUUGAAAGAUAGAAAUACAGAGAGAGAAGGUGAGAGAGAGAGAGAGAGAGAGAGAGA